UGAUGUAACAUUAAACAUUUACCUACCUGCUAGUAUAGAGUAAUUAAUAUGACCACCUUUACCAUCUGCAACAUUAAUGCAUGAAUAAUUGUGAUAUGUAUAAUUGAGUAUUUUUACAAUGCUAAUGUGAUGCCUUUUUCUUGUAGUCAUUUUACACUUUAGUAUUGGUAUUUAUUUUUAUUUAAGUACAAGAUCUGAGUACUUCUUCCACCAUAGAUGAUUAUUUUAUGAUUAUUAAAACAUAGGUUAGUAUUCUAUUUCGGCUGCUUACACUGUAAUUAAAGGAGUAAUGAAGGAUUCUAUUGGUGAAUGCUUUUAUUUAUCUUCUAGCUUGGUGUUAACUUUAUGUUUGUGUAGUUUUAUAUUUUAAUAGAUAAAGUUACAAUGUGCUUCAUGAUGAAAACAGGAAUAGAAAAAAAACAUUUCAGGAUGGCAGUUAAAUAAAAGACAAUUUAAAAAAUGUCAAAAUGGAAAUAAAACACACAGAAGUAAAACAGACGGUAAUAACAUAAACAAUAUCAAAAGAAAAAAUAUGUUCUCGCAUUAAUAAAAUAAGUUUUUAUUUUUGUUAAUUUUUCUUCUUGUAUUGUCUUGUGAUGCACUUUGUAGUAUCUGUUUGGAAACGUGCAAUAUAAACAAGUGUUUUAUUUCUUAAUUAUUCUAAAUACUCCUUGAAGUAGUUGUAGCUCCCCCCGGCUCACUGCGCAUGUCUUUCUCUGCUCCAUCCGGGAACUUCAGAUUUACCAUUGACAGCCGAAGCGCAACUUUUCCCCAGGCAAAGUGAAAUCAAGCCGCGGACUCGGCCAAAAUAUAGUCCCCGUUUUUCAACUUCAAAUUAGCGAAAGAAAAACUGACCCGCUCCCCCGUCGGACCCCUCGACGUUUGGCCGUUAAUCUGGAGAGGACCCGUCCGGGGCCGGAGCUCUUUCCGCCGGGUUUGGAGCACUUUUGAAGACGGGCGGAAAGUGGGUGAUGAGUCCCUAGCCCUGGAAAAAAAGAAGAAGCGAGAACUUGCUUUUUUGUUGUUGUGGCAGCACGAGUAGUUCUUUCUUUCCACUUGUUAUUGUCGCUUUGUGACAAAAAAACAAAAAAUCGUUCUUUAAAAAAAAAUCACUUAAACUUGGGGUCGAAAAGUGGGAGAAAAGUGGUUUUCCGGCCGGAACAUGGAACUACAGGGCCUGCACGAGGCGCUGAAAGUAGAAAUCCAAUGUCAUCAGGACGGAGAGCUGCGGAGACAGAUCCUCGACCGGAGAGUAACGGCCCUGAGCGACAAGCAAAACCAGACGCUGUGUAAAGGCCUCAACGAGCUGCAGAACGGACAGAAGCUGGCUCUGUCCCUCAUCAAGCCGCCUCCCAGCCAGGGCAUCUCCAAGGGUCCUGUCUCCAUGGUGACCGCACGCAUCAACGGACAGAAGGUGGCGAGUUCGGACGCGCUGCAGACGACCGCCAUCAACCUGCAGACGGGCGGCAGGGCGGCGCCCGGCGGCGGCGGCCACGCCUUUAGCAGCAGGAGAGCCGGAGAGUCGCCUCCCUCCCAGAUGCUGGGAACUCUCAGUGCUGUGCCCAUCAAGGUGCCUCAAGUCAGCUCCCUGCACCGGCUGGCAGGACAAGCAGCCACCGUGCUACCUCAGGUAACUGCUCAGGUCCGGCCUAAGACCCAGAUCCCCGACAGCCUCCCCCAGAGUCCGUGUGAGGAGCUGCAGCCUCUGGGCCUCCAGAGGGCCACCGCCGUGGUCAGUCCCCGGGGCCAGGGCCCCACCUUGCCCACCGCCAACAGCACCUUCAGCCCCGAGCAGCCGCCCAAAGGCACGAGCGCCGCCUCGCCGCCCGCACUGCCCCCCCACGGCCAGGCGGGGGGCGCCGGCGGCCCCGUCCAGCUGGCCUCCGCAGGGCCCGGCGUGGCGUUCGCCAUCAUCGCCGCCUCGCCCGCCGCCAGCAACGGGGUGUCGGCCAUCAGCGAGGCCAUCAAGGUGAUCAUCAUCCAGCCUCCAGCCCCCUGCAGCAUGGAGGGGGCUGGAGCUGAGGCCACGCCCACCCCAAAGUCACCCAAACCACAGAAGGAGGAUGAGGACCCCGAGAAGGUGGCCUUCAUGGUGGCUCUGGGCCUGGUGACCACAGACCAUCUGGAAGAGAUCCAGACGAAGAGACAGGAGAGGAAGAGGAGGAGCACGGCCAACCCGGCGUACAGCGGCCUGUUCGAGCCGGAGCGUAAGCGUCUGGCGUCUCACUACCUGAACAGCUCCCUCUUCCUGUCGGCCCGAGACUCUGAGGAUCUCUGCUGGAAGGAGGACGUGCAGCAUGACGCCCACUGCGCCGUCUGUCAGGAGGACGGGGAGCUGCAGCCCUGCCACAACUGCCCCCGAGCCUUCCACCCAGACUGCCUGCAGCCGGCCCUCAAGACGCCCCCCCGGGGCGCCUGGUACUGCCCCAAGUGCCAGAAGAAGGUCCUGAAUAAAGAAAACAUGUCGUGGCCUCAGAACUUUGUCCAGUCCUACGUCACACACAAGACGGUGCGGCAGGAGGAGAAGCGGCGGCUGCUGAGGCGGAACGUGGAGCUGAAGAAGGAAUGUUCUCACCUGGAGGAACAAGACGAGAAGCUGAGCGACACGCUCAAACACUGCAUGGACCUGAGGGAGCGCCUGCUGGGGCAGCAGAGAGACACUCAGGCGUCUCUGGAGCGCCUCCGGUCUCUGGUCCGCCUGAUCCAACGCGACCAGCUCAUCCAGGUCACCAUGACGACCACCGCCUCCAUCGCCGCCGCCUCCCUGCUCUCCCAGUCCUGGAUCAAACCCAGCAGCGCCGCCGCCGCCGCCCCGGGCCCCUCGGCCACGCCCCCGCCGCAGAAGAGCCACGCCCACAGCCGGGACGACGGCGACUAGCCGCGGCGCCGGAGGAUUCCUUUUGAACGUCUUCUGAGGAGCUGAAACAAAGAACUGAACAAAGAUUUUCACACAUUCAAGUAUUUUUUAAACCCAACACCUACAGUGCUUACGAGAUUUCUUUUUUAUGUUCUUUUCUAUUUAUUAAUGUUCUUGGCCUUAAUGUAUUUAUUACAAAACGUUAGAUUAGCGCGCCGCGGGAACACGACGACUUCCUGCGGCGGCCAGAAGACGUUGAGGUGGCGUCUUGUUCGGCGGCGAGAGAACGCAGCGGCGGCGCUAGUGUUGGCGCUAGCAGUAGCGGUAUCGUCAGUGCUAGCAGUAGCGCUAGCGGUGUCGGUCGUGGCGCUAGCAGUGGUGUUAGCGUAGCGUUAGCGCCAGCGGUGGACUGAUACUCCGGCGUCUCGUUCUCGAUGAACAAUGUUUUCGCCAUAAUAAUAAUUCAGGAACGUUUCUCCGCGUGAACUCAGACGAGCCGUCAAACAGAGAAUUACUUUUCUUCAGUAUUAAUAGAGUUAAAGUCAAAGAAAAAGUAUUUAAGAUAAACUACAGACGCGUUUCCAGGGUUGAGGUUAGUAUUUUCAUGCCGAUGCCUGUUGAUCAAUGGAGGUCAGAGGUCGUGUACAGAAGUCGUAUUAUUCUGAUUAUCAUGCAGGAGGCUGGAACACUUCCUGUUCACGUUGGUCUUCUGCUCCACGGCAACGGACCACAAUAAUUACCCACAAUGCCCUAGAAGACCAGAACAUAUCACAUGAGAAAAGAUUAACGGGACUUUUCUUUGAAUAUCAAGAGAAUCGUGGAACGUGUCCAGAGCUCCUGACGAUGUUCCACCUUAGAGCCUCUGGAACGAGGAGCGCGCUGGCCCUUUAAGAGGAUCUGGAAACGACUGAAACGAGGAAACGGUAUGAAAAAAGUUUCCGUCGAACAUCCCAUAAUAAUCAUGUUGCCGUGGCAGAAGCCAAGGGGUCAAAAGGGCUCUUUGUUCCCAGCUGCACUCGAAUGCCUCACCCUCCCCUUUACACCAGUAUAGAAAAUAUGCCAAAAACCUUUUUCUUUGUUUUUGUACUGGGAUCAUUUUUUAUUUCCUCUUCCUGCCGGUUUCAUACGUCCCGCGGUUCAUGAACGCCCCGCGGCGGCGACAUGGUUUUAUAAGUCAGUUUGUUUUUUAUCCUUUGAUGCACAAACACGAACAAAAGAGCGAAACGGGAGAAGAUGAAAGUCCCGGAACACACGAACAAUACGGGGAACCUGAAUGCAUCACGGUUCUGACAAGACGCUUCACUUUGAAGAGUUAAAUCCUCUAAAGUUAAACCUUCAGAAGUACGACAAACACUUCACUUCUGUUCCGCUGAGCCACAAGUGCAUACGUGUGUAUUUAUAUACAUAAAUAUACAUAUCAGUACUUUACCUGAACACCGAGCUGAGGGGAAGUUUGUUCAAUUUCCCCUCAAAUUACAAACUAAUUUAUUCCUUAAAUAAAGUAAACUUCAGGCGGAACUUAUUCAAAUAAACGUCCUGGAAGUCUCCGAGAUCAAAGGUUUGGGCUCGCCUCACUGAACAAGUAUUUGUGUAUAUUUACUCUUUAAGAGCUCAAGUAACUGAUGUCGCCAUGGAUACGAAAAUAAUAAACCCAACUUAAACUUCAAAUAGAGGGAAGCUCCUUAAAAGUACUUCCAAAUAUUUUAAAUAUCCACCUGAGUCUCCUGCAGUUUAAUGUAGUCCAUAUUAAACCGGAGGAGGAGGAGGUUGUAGUCACGGAGCUCCACUCGGAUGUGACACUCAGAAGUACGAGACCAAAAGAACAAAUCAUAUCUAAAUGCAGACGUGUUCUCGAAGAACGUGGUCGUCGGUUCUCCACAUGGUGCCGUAGAACCUGCAGAUGAACCGACGGUUCCCCCGGUUCUCCGGCUCAGAGCCCGCUUGCCUUUCACAAGAAUGAAUCCUGAUCAGAAUGUGCACGCGGAACCACAGGACCCAUAUCAGAACCUCCUCAUGCGUCUCUAGAACUCUUCUCCGGGAGAAACUGUGCAGUGCUUAAGAAUCUAUUUUAAUACACGACACGGAACAUUUUAUAUACUUUCAUCAAGAGAACCAGAACCGGCUCUGGUUCUGCUGGUCUUGAGGAACGUGUAGGUCUAGACGUGUUUGUGUAGCUUCUUCUUUACAUCAAAGGUCAACUAGUCUCACCUUUUGUACCGACUUCUUACGAAAAAACAUUAAAACUACUCAAAGGUU